AUGCCCCGCGUGCCUUCCAAGCACCCAGAGGCUAACGGUCCCCCAGCCUUGGGCGCUGCAGCUCCGGCCAAGUCCGCAGACGUCAGGAACUUCUGGAAGGCGGGCGAACCGCUGCUGCAAGGCCCCGACGCCCUGGCGGAUCCCAUGGGCAGGUCACCCAGCACGUCCCAGACCGCGCUGUCUCCCCGGGGUCAUCAGAGCCCGUGGCCCCCGAGAUCUCCGACUCAGAGCCAUAUUCAGUACGUCCAGUGGGGGCGCCCGGCGCCCAGCACCCACCUCACCGCGGUGCGGCUCAGCCAGGACCCCCACGAGUCCCAGCGGGUGGGCUCCGAGGCCUGGAGGCGCCCCGCCCUGCCCGGGGAGACCGCCCUGGGGCGAAACCUCUCCUGCGCCUCGGAGAGUUGCAUGAAAAGGGGGCUGUGUCGUGCCCGGAACCCAGGACGGACCUGGAGCCCGAUGACCAUCAGGAUCUCCCCUCCCGAGCGUCCGGAGAGCCCCUGGAGAUCCCCAGGACAGCGAGGCCGCCCCGCAAGCCGCCCCGCCGCCCAGGAGCUCCCGGACUUCUGCACCCGGGAGACUCUGCUGAGGGCGCUCAGCCAGUGUCGCAAGGGAAGCGCCAGGUUCGAAGGGCCAUUGUGGUUCGAGGUCUCAGACAGCAAGGGCGGCAGGUGGAACCUAGAGCCCCGGCCCUCUGCCUUCAAGCCCCUGAGCAAAAAUGGAGCGGUUGCUUCCUUCGUGCCCAGGCCAGGGCCUCUGAAGCCGAGCGUCGGCCCCUGGAGCCUCAGUGUUUGUGAUGAUACUUGGCCUUUCGUGCUGGUCCAGCCCGCUCCGUCCGCCAUCUGGGAAUUCUGGGAGGCGACAACGCCUUCCUACGGCAGCUGCAGUAGGGUCUCCUUCGCCCUCCAGGACACCCAGUCUGCUGGCUCCUUUGGCUCCUAAGAAUCUGGGCCCUGCUACCCGCCUCCGGAGACUUAAGCCCAUGUAUCUACUUUCACUUGCUCAUCCUUGCUCUAACUCGAAAGUGAGGCCCUGACACCACGUUAUCAAACAUGCAACCUCCACACCCCUCAUCUGCACAUCCCCAGAUCUUCCCUCUGUGCUCCCUCCCACCCUAACAGCUGUUGAUUUCAGAACAACCUUCGCCCUGCUGGCCCUCUCCUCCCUGCCCUUCCUCUGAAAAGAGGCAUUUCGGGAAGGCUUGCUUUUUCUCCAUGUCUCCCAGUUCGUAUAGUUAAAUUGUCCAGUUUGUGUAGUUAAAUAUUUGAUCUUAUUAAAAACAUUUGUCUGCA